CCUGCAGUCCAGCCCGGGACUUGUCAAAAUCCGUGUGUUCGUUGGCUACCGGAACAUCUCUUAGAGGACCCACGCUAUGCUCCGUGUCACCUGCUGUACUUCACAGGCAUAACACGCAUGUCGAAGGUGAUUCUUACUGAGAUUGUACGUGGGAUGUUUAUGAAUUCUGCAUCACAUCUACGUGUGCUGUCUGAAAUGCGUCAGCAGGCACUUGACAUGCAUGACGCCAUCACGCGAGGAGACUUUGAGCGCUACGGCAGGCUUAUUGGAGUGGCCUGGGAACAGAACAAGCGUCUGGAUUCUGGAUCAUGUCCAGAGGCCAUUGCCGACAUUAUUUCGCGAGUGGAAAAGGACGUUUGGGGCCUGAAGCUCGCGGGUGCUGGUGGCGGUGGGUAUCUCUACAUGGUGGCGAAGGACGUAGAUGCCGCCCAACGCAUCCGGCAUGAGUUAACGCAGCGUCCACCAAACGCCACGGCACGAUUUGUGGGAAUGAGCGUUUCACACAGUGGCAUUAAAGUGAGCAGGUCAUGA